AUGAUCUUGAUACAAGAUCUAAGAAAUGCCGCGGAUGCAGGCUUGAAGGACAAGAAGCACAUUGAGGAGUUGGUGUUGGAAUGGAAAGCUGGUACUGUUGUUUUAGAAAGUCAAAGAACUAUACUUGACAGUCUCCAGCCUCAUUCAAAUUUGAAAAUUCUCACUAUCAACAACUAUGGUGGUCAAAAUUUUCCAGAUUGGGUAGGGCACUAUUCAUUCUUUAAUAUGGUAUCUCUUCAUCUAAUUAGGUGUAAGUUUUGUUGCAGCCUGCCAUCGCUUGGACAACUACCCUCUUUGCAGAACCUCUCUAUUGUUGAGUUUGAUGGAGUUGUUACAGUGGGUCCUGAAUUUUAUGGUAGUGGUUCGUCUUCAAUUAGGCCAUUUAAAGCAUUGAAAGUUCUAAGGUUCGAGUUGAUGUUGAAGUGGGAGGAAUGGUUUACCUUGGGUGCUGAAAAUGAAGGUGAAGCUUUUCCUCUCCUCCAAGAGCUUUAUAUUCAUGAUUGUCCUAAGCUAACAAGAAGGUUGCCCAUCCAUCUUCCUUCUUUAGCCAAACUUGAGAUCACAGAAUGUCCACUAUUGGUGUCUUCACUCCCAAUGUUUCCUGCUAUAUGUCAAUUGAAUCUAACACGUUGUAAUGGGGUUUUGUUAAAGGAAUUGCCAACUAGAAUGCAGGUUCUCAAAGUUGGAGGAUUUGAUGCACUAGAUUCCCAAGUCAACAUAAUGAUGGGGCCCAGUAAUACUUCUCUUCAAGAGUUAGAAGUUAGUGAUUGUUCUUCGUUUGCGUCCCUUUCCAAGGGUGAUCUAGCAUCUAUAUUAAAAUCCCUUAUCAUUAGGAAUUGUGGGAUUUUAGAGCUCCCAAUGUACCCGAUAUUUUCAUCCCUUAAAAAAUUAUACUUAUUUGAUAUUCAUGGUUCUCUCAAGUCCGUCCCAUUAGACUUAUUUCCAAAGCUUUGUGACAUCUAUAUCUUUGGGUGUAGGAAUUUGGAAUCCUUGAUAGUUUCUGAAGAACAUAGACAUGAUUUAAUGACAUUGCAAAUACAAAUCAUAAAUUGCCCUUGUUUUGUAUCUUUUCCAAAAGGCGGAUUGCGUGCCCCCAACCUUACAUUGCUUUGGGUUUGGAAUUGUGGAAGUUUGAGGUCAUUACCAGAUAAUAUGCACAUUUUCCUCUCAUCUCUUGAGGAUUUGCAAAUAGUUGACUGUGCAAAAGUUGAGUCGUUUCCUGAAGGGGGUUUGCCUUCUAAUCUAAAAUCAGUUUCCAUUGUUGAUUGUGACAACCUCGUUGCCAGACGAAUGGAAUGGGGUUUGCAAAAGCUCCCCUUUCUUAAAAGUUUGUUUAUUUGUGGCGAAAAGGGAGAUGCAAAGUCCUUUCCGGAGGUGGGAUUGCUGCCCACCAAUCUGACUUCUCUUCAAAUAAUGAAUUUUCCAAAUAUGAAAUUCUUGGAUAAGAAGGGGGUUCAACACCUCACCUCUCUGAAAGAAUUGCGGAUCUAUAACUGUUGUAUGCUCAAGUACAUGCCAGAAGAGGGGUUGCCUAACUCCGUUUCUGUUUUACUUAUGAACAAUUGUCCUUUGCUAAAGAAACAACUUCACAAGAAAAAAGGAAAAGAAUGGCUCAAGAUUGCUCAUGUCCACCUAAUAAUGAUUGAUGAUGAAUUGAUUGAAUGA